GCCAAUGUUUCUUAGCAUUCCCUUCAAACAGAUUAAUGGAAGAGGGGAAGUGAAUACCAAAACCUCUUUCAUUUCGUGGGCACUUCUCUCACUUUGUUGAUCCAUUUCCCAGAACCAUUUCCAAUUUACAUACAUAGAGAUUUUCAACCAGAAUAUCAUCCACGACAAGGUUUGAGCAUUCAAAGAACAAGAGAAGUGCAACAUUGAAGUAAAUUUCUACUUACAUGUACUUUAAUAGCAUUGCAUGUCUAAAAUCCAGUUUUUUUCACCAAACUUAUUCCCUAGCUCAAUUUUAUCACAAAUAAUUUCAACAAUAUGCAAACAUGGGCGCAAUUAUAGGGAAGCUAUUGAAUUUGCAAGUCCUCAGCCUUGUGGGAUGUGAUCUCGAAGAGCUGCCUGGGCAAAUAGGGCUACUAGCUUACCUAAAGUUGUUAGAUUUGAGUGACUGUACCAAACUCAAAGUAAUUCCACCAGGUGUCUUGUCGAGCUUGUCCAGAUUAGAAGAACUAUAUAUGAGAAACAGCUUCUAUCAAUGGGCGGAGGGUCAGAAGCAGAAAAAGCAAGUUGCUAGCCUUUUUGAGUUGAGGCAAUUAACGAAGCUAACUGCUAUAGAGAUGCGAAUUAACAUUUGCAAUACCCACAUAAAUAAAGGAGACUUGUUCUUUAAAGAUUUAGAAAGAUACAAGAUUUUCGACGGGGAUAUGUGGCACUCCUGGGAUGGUUAUUGUGGAAGUUCAAAAAUAUUGAAGCUAAAGCUAGAUGGGAGUAUUAAUUCUGAGCAUGCAGUUAAGAAGUUGCUAAAGAAGACAGAGGAACUACAUUUACAGGGGACUAGUGGUGUCUGGGAUGUUAGUGAUUUAGAUAGCGCAGGUUUUCAAAACUUGAAGUAUCUCUUUAUCCAAGAUGUUCCAUAUAUUUCAUGGAUGCCUGCAUUUCCCGUAUUGGAGGAAUUAGUUCUUCGUAAUUUGGAGAAUAUAGCGGAGAUAUUCCGUAGUUCGGUUACAGAAUCAUCUUUUUGCAAAUUAAGAAAGAUAACGGUUGAAAAUUGCAAAAAACUAAAGAAUUUGUUCUCCUCCUCUAUAGCCAAAAAUCUUCUCCAACUCCGAGAAAUUAGAGUGACAAGCUGCAAAAACAUGGAAGAGAUAGUUGAUGACGAGGAAGAGACUGUUGAUGACGAGCAGCAAGGGGGCCAAAUUGACAACGUUGAUGGCGAGGAAGAGAUUGUUGAUGACGAGCAGCAAGGGAGCAAAGUUGAUAACAUUGAUGCAACAAAAGAACAACCAACAGAAAAUCAAGCGACAGAAAAACUGAAGGAACUGUGGUCCUUGAGAUUAGAAGGCCUACCAAAGUUGAUUGGCUUCAACAGUAGUUGCCGAGCAAUGACACUUUUCGACGAACAGGUUGCAUCUUCCAGUGCUGCUCAGCGGUUUGAAUCUUUCAGUGCUGGUAAACUAAAGAAAUUGAUCAUUAAGGGAUGUGAUAAAUUGGAAUACAUAUUCUCAUCUUCUAUGGCUCAAGGUCGAUAUAUGCUGGAACACCUUGAAAUAAGGAAAUGCAGGAGAAUGAAAGAGGUCAUUUUUACAGAUAAUAAUGGAAAAGAAAAGUUGACUUUCCCUCAGUUGAACAUUCUGGAGAUAGAAGACCUUGAAGACUUUGUCAAUUUCUACUCAGGAAAGUGUAUUGUUGAAUUCAAAACACUGAAUAAACUACAAGUGUUGAACUGCCCAAAAUUGGAGGGAUUCAUUGCAAACACACAGGCACUAUUUAGUGAACAGGUCGAGUUUCCCAAGUUGGAAAUUUUGAGGCUGUCGUCAAUUAACAUUAAGCAAAUCUGGCACAUUUCGAGUAAGCAAAUCGCUUCCAUUGAAAAGUUAAAGAAGUUGUUUGUGGAGGGUUGCGGUAAUUUGGAAUAUCUAUUGACCUCUUCUAUGGUUAAGAGUUUUAAACAACUCAUGGUGCUCAAGAUUUCUAACUGUAAGAUGAUGGAAGAGGUAAUAAAGGAAGAAGAAAGGAUGUGCGAGAUUUCCUUUCCCGAACUAGACACUCUAGAACUUGAAGACCUUCCCAAACUCACAGGAUUCUAUCUUGGAAACUCCAACGCUACAAUAAGUGAGUGCCUUCCUGCUGCCAGUAUUGAAAAUGUAGAAAAUACUUAUAUGCCAUCUCUCUUCCAUGACAAGGUUGAAUUGCCCAAGUUGAAGUUGUUGAGACUAUCUUCAAUUAACAUUCAACAAAUUUGGCAUCUUUCGAUUCCAAGAAUCUCUCUUCCUAUACAGAAUUUAAAAAAGUUGAUUGUGGAGCGUUGUGACAAUGUGAAAUAUCUAUUAACUUCCUCUAUGAUUAUGAGUUACAAGCAACUCAUAAUGCUCAAGAUUUGUCAUUGUAAAAUUAUGGAAGCGGUAAUAGAUUCAGAAGAAUCAAAUGAAGAAACAAUUUUCUUCCCUGAACUAGUCAGCAUAGAAUUCGUAGGCCUUCCCAAACUCACAAGAUUCUAUCAUGCAGAAAAUAGUGACAAACCAUCUCUCUUUGAUGAAAAGGUUCAGUUUCCCAAGUUGAGGAUUUUAAGCUUGUCUUCAAUUAACAUUCAGCAAAUCUGGCAAAUUUCAAUUCCAAAGAUCUCAUUAGAAAAGCUUUCAGUGGAGGACUGUGGCAAUUUGAAAUAUCUGUUUAUGUCCUCUAUGGUUAAGAGUUUUGAGCAACUCACGGUGCUCAAGAUUUGUAAUUGUAAGAUGAUGGAACAGGUACUCAUCUCAUGUGGAUUAGUGGGAGAGGAAAAGUUGUGUGAGAGUUUCUUCUCUAAACUGGACACCCUAGAACUUGAAGAGCUUCCCAAACUUGCAAGAUUGUGUCAUGGAAACUACUCUAAAUUUAUAUUUGCCAACCUUAGACGGUUCACCAUAAGCGAGUGUGCUGUGUUGAAGACGCUUAUAGGAGACAAUACUGUCAGUACUGAAAAUGUCGAAAAUACUUCUACCCCAUCUCUCUUUGAUGAAAAGGUGGAAUUCCCUAGAUUAGAGCAGGUGAUAAUCAAGUUUAUGGGGAGUUGGUCCAAGAUAUGGGACGAUAAACAUGAUGAGAAUUCUUGUUGCCAACUAAAUUCUCUCACUGUGGAUUCAUGUGAAAAGCUGUUGAAUAUUUUCCCAUUUAGUAUGCUGGAAAGAGUACGCCAGAAGCUAGACACACUGGAGAUACAGAAUUGUGAUUCACUAGAAGAGAUAUUUGGUGCUAGCCAACAAGAAGUUCAGAAAACUACUCAGCCAACUAAUUUGGUGGAAAUUGUCCCAAUGUUUCUCUUUCCAGAAUUGACACACAUAAAUCUUUCUAAGCUACCCAAACUGAAAGGCUUUAUCCCUCAAAUUCAUAUUAAUGAAUGGCCAUCAUUGAAACAAUUACGGAUGCACGGAUGUGAUGAACUUCAGAUAUUUGCUUCAGAACUCCCAAGUUUUCAAGGAAUAAAAGAAGAUGACAAACUUCAGAUUCAGUGGAUAAGCAAGAGAAUUUCGUUAUACCAAAGGAGUGGGAAGAUAUGUUGCAUGCUUCCUGCUAGGCACCUCGUAAUUUCGCAUAGCGAUAAUCCUGCAUAUUGGAGUUGGUCCAAACCUGAUCCCAGGUUCCCUGAGGUUGCAAAGCUUCUUGAUGUUUGUUGGUUUGAAUUCUACGGGAGGAUUAACACUCUCAUGCUUUCUCCAAAAACACGUUAUAAGGCUUACCUUGUGUUCAAGCUGGCGGACAGAACUCAUGGAUUUAGAAAUUCACCUAUAGAAGCUGCUGUUGUUCUACUUGGUGGAGCUGAAGUUUCAAAGCGAGAAGUGUACGUGCAGGCAGAAAGUGGAAUUGUAGGAAAUGGUGAUCAGUACCCAAAAGGGAGGGGAGAUAAUUGGUUUGAGGUAGAAUUGGGUGAAAUUGAUUUCACCAAAGAAAGACGCACAGAUGGUGUAUUGGAAAUACAUCUCCAGCGGCUUACUGGCGACUGGAAGAGCGGUGUCAUUAUUAAAGGCAUGGAGAUCAGGUCAAAUUAGCAGAGGACAUAACAAGAUUUUCUUUCACCUUGUGUAUGUUAUAUGUGGAAGGAAUAUUGCUCCUCGUGUUAAAUUAUGGUCAAUUCUAUUAUCGUCUAACCAUGGUCUUUAAAUCUUUAUUCGAAGAAUCUAUGAUUUGUGGAGUUAAUUACCAAGUUUGAAGUGAUUUAAGAGUUUUUAAUUAUCUUAAAAAAUAAUGCUUUUAACU